AUGUAUCUCAUUGUGUCUAAUAAUGUCAUGCAAAAAUUAACAAACACAACAGCAGACAAGCUCAUAGACGACACUGAAACCAACAACAGAAGGCGGUUACCAUUUGUCAUCAAUGAUAAGAAAGGUUUGUCAAAAAAAAUGGCCAUCAAAAUGAUGAGGACAUCAAAUACAAAAAACAUUCGAUUCAUAUUAACCGACAUUGAAGCAAUCACUACUCACCAAUCAGUCGCACCAGCUCCACCAACUCCGCUUACCUCAAAGAUAAGUGAGGUCGACCUUACAACGUCAUCCACCUCGCCUAAGUCAAAAGUCAAAAGAAGUUUGAACUAUGAGGAAACUAGUAAAACAUUACACACAUUCCAAACAUCACACAAAAACUCUUAA